AUGAAGCUUACACCUGAACUCAUUGAAUGUUCGUCAUCUUACAUCAACACUGUAAAAGAUCGUGAAUUAAACCUACGAGGUAAUAAAAUUCCUUCCAUAGAAAAUCUCGGUGUGUCAAAGGAUUUAAAUGACACAAUUGACCUAACGGAUAAUGACAUUCGCAUAUUGGGCAAUUUCCCAUUGCUGCGUCGUGUUCAUACACUAUUAUUAGCCAAUAAUCGAAUUAAUCGACUAGAUUUACAACUAUUUGAAUUUCUACCCAACCUUACCACUUUGGUUUUAACAAACAACAAUAUAACUGAAUUAUCUGACUUGCAACCGUUGAGUGGAUUUAAAAGAUUACAAUAUAUAAGUUUACUGGAUAACCCAGUAACCAGGAAACAAUGGUAUCGAAGUUGGGUAAUUUGGAAGAUUCCUAGUGUUAGAGUUAUAGAUUUUAAAAGAGUUCGUGAUAUGGAACGUAAGGAAGCUAAAAAAUUAUUCGAAACAACGAAAGGUGAGCCAACCACACUUGCAAAAUCUAUAUCAGAAACAACUAUUGAACCUGGUGAAGGCGUAGUCUCAUCCACCACCACCACCAACAUUAAUCUACCAAAAUCAAAUCUGCCCACGAUUGGUAUGUCAACAGAAGAACAAGCUCAGAUAAAGGAAGCCAUUCGUAAUGCCAAAACUUUGGAAGAAGUUGCUCGUCUUGAAAAAUUGUUACAAUCAGGUCAUAUCCCUAGUUCAAAUAAACCUCCUUCAGCUAACAAUGAUGCAAAGCAAAGCGGAAAUGAUGAUGGCGGAGAUGAAGAAGGUGAUGGUAAUGAAAUGAAAGAAUAA